AUGUGUAACGUAAAUUGCCACAUCGAACAAGUAGUUAUUCUUUAAUUUCGGAAACUGAUACUACGCUAGAGAUUCUACACAAUAUUUUCAUGCACAACUGCAAAUAUUUAACUGCAAUUAUGAUCUAAUGAAAGAAUUCAGAUUGGCCAAGUCAAAUAUGAUAAAAAGCUGACGAAAAAUAGGGCAACACUGGCUGGAUGCUUUUGCUCUUUGUUAUCACACUUUGAGAUGAACUCAAUGACAUAAAUCAAAAUCAAUGUAAAAUUUAGCAACCGAAUUAUCGGAGUACGUACAUAGUGUGAGCGGAACUAGUGUACAAUGAGAGCAGUUCUCACAAUACUUAUUCAGUACACUUUGGUAGUGGCAUCCGUAAACGCAAACUUUUGCAAUGAAAAGAACUGUUGUAGUACAAACGAUUGCAAUGUUUGCGUCGCCACUUGCUACACAAAUUGCACCACGGAAUCUUGCACAAAAUCAUGCAUAGAUACCUGUAUUUCGAAUUCACCCGUGACCAACACGUGCAUUGGAUCAGAAUGCUGUGGCAACGAAGAGUGUAAUAAGUGCGCCCGUAUAUGUACGGAAGAAUGUCCAACCACGAAAUGUAAGGACAGCUGUGUGUCCAAUUGCAUAAGGGGAAUUUCUGCUCAUUGUAGCGAGUCUGGUUGUUGCUCAAAUGCUGAAUGCAACACAUGUUCUCAACAUUGCAUAGCAAAUUGCCAAACGCAGAUUUGUAAGCACGACUGCGUCGAAAACUGCAUGCAAGGAUUGCUCCAAAGUUGUAAUGGGUUCUAUUGCAAUUACUGCUCCGAGUCUACAUGUUGUAAGAAUUCCAUGUGUAAUACGUGCACUCAGUUGUGCGCCUCCCAAUGUUCGAGUCCUCAAUGCAAGCACACGUGUGUUAAUAACUGCGCUCAGCCAAUACAUCAAGUUUGUCAAGGACCAAUAUGCAACAUCUGCAGUGGGACCACCUGUUGCAACACUAAUCACUGCAACACUUGCGCUAACACCUGCUCAAACCAGUGUACGACAAUGGACUGCAAAAACGCUUGCAUACAAAAGUGCGUUCGUACAACACCCUCAUGCAUUGGAGCUAAUUGUAACCUAUGCGUAGGCGAUUCGUGCUGUAAAUCUUCCAACUGUGAUAGAUGCGUUGAUUACUGUUACGAUCAAAACAUCCCCAGCACUUGCACAAACGCAUGUGUCAAGCAAUGCGUAGAGACCGAACCGACAAAAAUCAGUAUACCUCUUCCAGAAUUUACCUGUGAAGGUACAACGGAAUCAGCGCCAUACCGUCCACAACUAGUUAUCCCCAGUGACAAUCGUACGAUCAACAUCACCACCCAAGUAAUACUGCACAACGUCAUUAACAACACCAACAUUAUUAAUAUUCCCAUAAAAGUAAACUUUACAAACGUAAACAAUAUACAUCAUGCAACAAAGCCUAAAAACCAAACGGAAGAGACAGUAGAAUGCUGUUACGUGAUACACCCCAAGGAGUGCUUUUUCGCGCCACAAAACGAAACUUCAGCGGAUGGUUCGGCCGCCUCGAACAUUAAAUGUAUUAGAAGAAGACACAGAGAAUGCUCCUCGAUCUGCUCGUCAUCGGUCGUUGUCAUUUCUCCACCGCCUCCUCCAAUGUUGAUGCCUCCACCGUUCGUGUCUACGCAGAUACAAGCGCCUCCGCCGAUGUAUCCCCAGUAUUCGCCAGUUUGUCAGUACGUACAGCACUAUCCCUGGCAGUACUGUGGGAAUUUCGAAAAGUUCGAUUGUGGUGCCUGUUACGAGUGUGGAGGAAGUUAUAGCCCGCAACAAUGUUCAAUCCAGCCAAAUUGUUCCCUUGUCUGCCGAAGCAAUUUAUUUACGCUAUAGCACUUCGGAGGAUACAAUCUGCAACCCUUACA